AGCAGAGGCUGCCGGGAGCGCGCGGCGGGGCGGAAGUGUCCACCUGCCCCGUCCGGCCUGCGCAGCGCGGCCGCCCGCGGGCACCGGAGCCAGGCCCCGCCGAGGGGCCACUCCUGAAGGAAGCAGAAGAGAGGGAAGGCGUCUUGGUGGUGGCGUGUGGCAACGGCUCCCUCCGCUCAGCUUGUGCGGAGUCUGGAACCUGAGUCGCCCAUGGAGGUCCCACCCCACGUGCAGUCUGAUGCCCGUCCGGCCCUCUGAGCACCUGGAAUGGAAUGAGCCUAUGCACUCCCUCCGGAUCAGCGUGGGGGGCCUUCCCGUGCUGGCGUCCAUGACCAAGGCCGCGGACCCCCGGUUCCGCCCCCGGUGGAGGGUGAUCCUGACCUUCUUCGUGUGUGUCGCCCUCCUUUGGCUGCUCUACUCCCACCGCCCGGCCCCGAGCAGGCCCCCCCCUCACAAUGCACACAACUGGAGGCAUGGCCAGUUACCUGCCGCCCGCUACAAUGACACCUACCCCCUGUGCCCCCAGAGGACACCCGGCGGGAUUCGGUACCGGAUCGCGGUCAUUGCCGACCUGGACACCGAGUCCAGGGCCCAGAAGGAGAACACCUGGUUCAGUUACCUGCAAAAGGGCUACCUGACCCUGUCAGACAGCGGGGACAAGGUGGCGGUGGAGUGGGACAAAGACCACGGGGUCCUGGAGACCCACUUGUCAGAGAAGGGGCGGGGCAUGGAGCUCUCGGACCUGAUCGUCUUCAACGGGAAGCUCUACUCCGUGGACGACCGGACAGGGGUCAUCUACCAGAUCGAGGGCACCAAGGCUGUGCCCUGGGUGAUUCUGUCUGACGGUGAUGGAACAGAAGAAAAAGGCUUCAAGGCUGAGUGGCUGGCCGUGAAGGACGAACACCUGUACGUGGGCGGUCUGGGCAAGGAGUGGACCACCACCACGGGGGAGGUGAUGAACGAGAACCCCGAGUGGGUGAAGGUCGUGGGCCACAAGGGCGGUGUGGACCACGAGAACUGGGUGUCCAGCUACAAUGCUCUCAGGGCUGCUGCUGGGAUCCGGCCGCCAGGCUACCUCAUCCACGAGUCCGCCUGCUGGAGCGACACGCUGCAGCGCUGGUUCUUCCUGCCACGCAGGGCCAGCCACGAGCGGUACAGCGAGAAGGAGGACGAGCGGAGGGGCACCAACCUCCUCCUGAGCGCCAGCCCCGACUUCGGGGACAUCUCCGUCAGCCGCGUGGGGGAGCUGGUGCCCACCCACGGCUUCUCCUCCUUCAAGUUCGUCCCCAACACCGACGACCAGAUCAUCCUGGCCCUCAAGUCUGAGGAGGACGGCGGCAGGGUCGCCACCUACGUCACGGCCUUCACGCUGGACGGCCGCCUCCUCCUGCCCGAGACCAAGGUCGGCAGCGUGAAGUACGAGGGGAUAGAGUUCAUCUAGGCCGCCCGAGUCCCGCGGCACGCGUGGCCGCGUCAGGACUCGGUUUUCAUAAACACUGGAGGAGCACGCUUUGAUUCGUUUCUUUUCCUCUUUGUCACCGUGAGGAGUCCGUCUAGCCUCGCGGUUCCCAGAACAGGGAGCUCGGCCCCGGACGAGCGAGGCAGCCGCGGGAGUGACAUCCUGGCGCCGGGGAAGGCGCGGGUCCCCGACAGCAGCGCCUCGGCCCCGAGUGCCCGGCCAGGGCCCUGCACGCGGACACGCGGGCGUGCAGAGCGGACCCCGCGGGCGCCCUCCAAAUCCCCCACGCGCUUCCUCCUUCCCUUCCACCUCCCGUGCCUUUCCACGUGCUCUCUGUCCCGUGACUGCUGGGGGCACCUCGACGGGUACCCCAUCCUGAGAGCAGGCCCCUCCUUCCUCAUCAGCCGGCCCCUCGCACCCCUGCCGACCCCUGGAAAGUGAAUGUUUACACGGCUGUGGAAGGGGGGGGGACCCCCCCGGGGAGCCACAGGCCGCUCCUCACUGCCGCGGACUCCUCCCUUCAGGGGGACACUAGCCGUGCAGUACUUUGCGGUUCCAUGGUUAACUUAUUUUUAUGAAGGUGGUCUCUGUCACCCAGAGCAAUCACGGUCAGCAGCCGGGAAGAUGUAGCCAAGCUGCCACAGAUGGCAACGGGUUCAGUGCCAGGGCCUCUGUGCCCUUGGUCUCUGAUCCUAGCCACGGGCAGAACGUGCCACGUUCUCUACGACUGUCACAAGCGACUUGAAUGUGUUACGCCCUGGGUUCUGACAGGCCUGCUCUUGACCCCUGGCCCGGGUCUGUUUUGUUCUUUGUUCUUGUCCCUGUUGUUGCCCAGGGCUUCUCCCCAGGGCCCACCCCUCCUCUUCCCAGUGGGGGUGUCUGGCAGGCGGAGGUCCCCAUUGCUCCUGUUCCUCUUGUUGAAACUCUAGUCACAGGUGGGGCGGGCCGGUUGGCACAUGCCCAUUCUAGAAAGAAAGGACUCACCCCUCUUUCCCACGUCAGCCCUCAGGGCAGGGCAGAGCCACCUGGAGGGGGUGCUUGGCCUGGCCGGGCCUGGGCCUCGUGGGCCUCUUCUCGCAGGCAGGGAGCCGGCAGCGCCUCUCCUGCGGGGGGCCUGCCCUCCCUCUCAGGCCCCCCUUCCGCCCCGGCCCGCUGGGCCGCGAGCCCCUGGGGGACGUGCCACUCACAGCACGGAGGUGGGAGGAGCAGGCCGGAGGCUCGGGGCUUGGCCCACGGGGGCUUCCGAUGUGUCCGUGUGGGGGCUUCCCCCGCGUCUGGGGCCUGCAGGCUGUAAAGUAGCCCCUUUCUUGCCCUCUUCUCCCGGCUGUCAGCGAAAUGAUUGUGCCCUCCCUUCCUUGUUUGUUUCUUGUCCACAAUAAAUGUCCAAGAAUGUGA